AUGAAAGCAACCGCAAUAGGGGCCAAGGUUGUGUUCCGCGGGGAGUUGCAAUCCGGGAAGGAGAUCAAGGCGGUGCACACGGAUCGAGGCGGGGAGUACGUCAACGAGGUAAUGACAACUCUCCUUGAAAAGAUCCUAGUCGCCCUAGUCGUGAAGUCGGACGGGAUGGAGCACAAGCUGGAGCAAAACAUGGAAGGAAACCCUUCCAAGGGAUUGGCCUUUAGCGUGAUUGAGGGGGUAGCUGCCAACGACUGGCUCGUAGAUGCGGGUAGCUUACAGUACCUAACCGUGGACAAGAGCCUAUCUGAGACCGUUGAAAUGUUCGGGGGGAGUGGCCGAGAGUUCUUGUUCGGAGACAAGGGAACCUUGUGGGCAGAGGGGAGCGGCUCGGUUAAGCUGCUGUGUGCAACAUCGACGGAAGACUGUCUCGUCACUUUGCAAAACGUGGUGUACGUUUCUGGGGUUGCGGCAGACCUUAUUCCGGUGAGCAAAGCAACCGCGGUCGCUUUAGUGUUGUUUAAGGAGACCGCCAACUUCCCCAUGAAGCAGAAGAGCGAGGUGGCCAAGUUGACUGAGCACCUAAUUAAGCGGUUGGAGUUGCAAACGGGGAAGAAGUUGAGCGAGCGGUGUGUGUUCGUGGGGUAUGAGCCGGACUUCAAGGCCUACCGGGUGCUCGGGGAGAGCGACGGGAGGAUCAUGAUCUCCUGGACGUCAUCUUUGACGAGGGCGGGGGGACAACGGGGUUGUUGA